CGGACGAACCGAAGUCCGCCCAGGAACAGACAAUCAUCAUUCGCCCUCUCUUGCUUCACGGCAAUCGCCUUGCAACUCCUGGCCAGUGGACCAUCAACGGAGAUUGCCAUGGCUUCAACUCCGACGGCCUGCAGCCUGUUCUCCACGACUCCUCUACACUAUAAUGUAUGAUCCUGAGAGGAACCCCAGACUAACCAUAUUCGAGUACAUACCAAAUCCUGGGUGCGCUCUUGCCGUCGACGGCUGCCGGGCUACCUGGCUUUGAGAGUCCCGAGGACCUUUCGUGGGGAGCGGUGUUAAUAAAAGUCCUCGAAGCUGGCGAUCACCAUGCUUCUGUAGCCUAGGAAUUUUUCUCCCUCCGUCCUCAACCACCUUCCUUGCCCCCCUACGCUCGUUGCUGUCUGUCUCACCCAUUGUCACUCUUUUGUAGCAAAACGAACGAUGAAGGCGCAGUUCUUCGCGGCCGGCGCGGCCUUGGUCGCGGCCGGUGCGCUUGCUGACUUGGCAGACGCCACGAUUUCCAUCUCCAAACGCACUGACUGCAGGUGCUUCCCCGGAGACGCGUGCUGGCCGGUCCCUUGCGACUGGGACAAGCUGAAUAAGACGGUCAGCGGCCGGUUGGUCGCCACGGUGCCGCUCGCCCACCCGUGCCAUGACCCCGACUACGACCCGGUGCGGUGCCUGGCUCUGCAGAAUGGCUGGCAGGACCCCGCUACUCACAUGGAUGACUCCGCGUCCAUCAUGGCGCCAUUUUUCGCCAACCAGAGCUGCGAUCCGUUCACGGCUCAGUCCAAGCCGUGCACGUUGGGCAACUAUGUGGUCUACGCCGUGGCUGCCGAGACGGCCGACGACGUGAUUGCCGCGGUCAAGUUCGCCAAGAAGCGCAACAUCCGCCUCAUCAUCCGCAACACCGGCCAUGAUUACAAUGGCCGGUCGACCGGGGCCGGCGCGCUCUCGGUGUGGACCCACAAGCUCAAGGACAUCGAGUUCAAGAACUGGCAGGACGAGUACUACACCGGCACGGCCGUCAAACUCGGCGCCGGCGUGCAGGGCUACGACAUCCUGGCGGCCGGCCGCGACCGGGGCCAGGUCGUUGUCGGCGGCGAGUGCCCAACCGUGGGCAUUAGCGGCGGCUACACCCAGGGCGGCGGCCAUUCCGCCCUGAGCAGCUCGUUUGGCCUGUCCGCCGACAACACGCUCGAGUGGGAGGUCGUCACGGCCGACGGCACGCUCGUCACGGCAUCCCGGACGCAGAAUUCCGAUCUGUACUGGGCCCUCUCGGGCGGCGGCGGCGGCAACUACGGCGUCGUGCUCAGCAUGACGGUCAAGAGCUUCCCCGACGCGCCCGUGAGCGGCGCCACGCUGUCCUUCUACGCCAGCGAGAACCCGACCGACACCUUCUACAGCGCCAUCGACGCUUUCCACGCGGCCCUGCCGGACAUGAUCGGCGCCGGUGCCAUGGUGGUCUACUACUUCACGUCCAGCUUCUUCAUGAUCGCCCCGCUGACGGCCUACAACAAGACGACGGCCGAGGUCGAGGCCAUCAUGGCGCCGCUGCUGAGCAACCUCACGUCCAUGGGCGUCACGUACAGCGCGGCCUACAGCGCGUCGGCGACCUACUACGACCACUACAACCAGUACUUCGGCCCGCUGCCCAACGGCAACAUCCAGGUCGGCAUCGCGCAGUACGGCGGCCGCCUCGUGCCGCUGUCGGCCUUCGACGCCAACCGCACCGCCAUGUCGGCCGUGGCGCGCUACAUCGCCGACAAGGGCGUGACCUGGAUCGGCGUCGGCACCGACGUGUCCCGCUUCGGCAGCGCGGACCAGAACGCCGUGCUGCCCGCCUGGCGCACGCCGCUGAUCCAUGCGACGCUCACGACGCCCUGGUCCUUCGACCCGGCCGAAUGGGACCAGAUGCUGGCCAACCAGCGGCUGAUGACGUACGACAUCAUGCCGCACAUCGAGGCCGUCACGCCCGGGUCCGGCGCGUACAUGAACGAGGCCGACUUCCAGCAGCCGGACUGGCAGACAGUCUUCUUCGGGGACAACUACGCCAAGCUGCUGACCAUCAAGAACAAGUAUGAUCCGAGCGGCCUGUUCUAUGCCAGGAACGCCGUCGGGAGUGAGAAGUGGAGCGUGGCCAAUGAUGGGCGAAUGUGCCAGGUUGUUUGAUUCGGUUCUUUUGAAGAAGAAGGGUGCGUGGUGAGGGAGGUGAUGGCGAUGGAUUUUGGUGGCUACCAUUUAGGUAACUUAAUAUUGUAUGUACGCUUCAAUAGCCCCGGCAUAGCGUCUGUAUACUAGUAGGUACUGGGACUUAGAGGCGGUCUCUCCCGCAACAUUCGUUUUGUCGGCAUUUUUACAAUGGAAACUCCAUUCUUGUAAUACCAUCCCGUCGACACGCUGUCCGAAGGUUCUGCCAG